GGCUGGUCGUUUCUCCCGGAGGAGCACCCCAUGGAAGGUCCGGCUCACCUGACGUUAAACAGCGAAGUAGGGUCCUUACUGUUCUCCGAGGGGGGGGCCGGGAGAGGAGGAGCCGGUGAUGUGCACCAGCCGACAAAAGGCAAGGAGGAGUUUGUGGCGACCUUCAAAGGCAACGAGUUCUUCUGCUACGACCUGUCCCACAACCCGAUCCAGAGCAGCACGGACGAGAUCACGCUGGCCUUCCGCACCCUGCAGCGCAACGGGCUGAUGCUGCACACGGGCAAGUCGGCCGACUACGUCAACCUGUCCCUCAAGUCGGGGGCCGUCUGGCUGGUCAUCAACCUGGGCUCGGGCGCCUUCGAGGCCCUCGUGGAACCCGUCAACGGCAAGUUCAACGACAACGCCUGGCACGACGUCCGGGUUACCCGAAACCUGCGCCAGCACGCAGGGAUUGGACACGCUAUGGUAAACAAACUGCAUUAUCUGGUGACCAUAUCGGUGGACGGGAUCCUGACCACCACAGGCUACACGCAGGAGGACUACACCAUGCUGGGCUCCGACGACUUCUUCUACAUCGGGGGCAGCCCCAACACCGCGGACCUGCCGGGCUCGCCCGUCAGCAACAACUUCAUGGGCUGCCUCAAGGACGUGGUCUACAAGAAUAAUGACUUCAAGCUGGAGCUGUCCCGCCUGGCAAAGGAAGGGGACCCCAAGAUGAAGCUACAGGGGGACCUGUCAUUUCGCUGUGAAGAUGUGGCUGCCCUGGACCCCGUGACCUUUGAGAGUCCCGAGGCCUUCGUGGCGCUGCCCCGCUGGAGCGCCAAACGCACUGGCUCCAUCUCCCUAGACUUCCGCACCACGGAGCCCAAUGGGCUGCUGCUCUUCAGCCAGGGCCGGCGGGCCGGGGCCGGGGCUGGGGCCGGCAGCCUCGGCGCUGCCCAGCGGGCCGACUACUUCGCCAUGGAGCUGUUGGACGGCUACCUCUACCUCCUGCUGGACAUGGGCUCCGGAGGCAUCAAGCUGCGGGCGUCCAGCCGCAAGGUCAACGACGGCGAGUGGUGCCACGUGGACUUCCAGAGGGACGGGCGCAAAGGCUCCAUCUCGGUGAACAGCCGCAGCACCCCGUUCCUGGCCACGGGGGAGAGUGAGAUUCUGGACCUGGAGAGCGAGCUGUACCUGGGCGGUCUCCCUGAGGCCACGGUCCUGAGCUACGACGGCUCCAUGUACAUGAAGAUCAUGCUGCCCAACGCCAUGCACACGGAGGCGGAGGACGUGUCGCUGCGCUUCAUGUCCCAGCGGGCCUACGGGCUCAUGAUGGCCACCACCUCCCGGGAGUCGGCCGACACCCUGCGCCUCGAGCUGGACGGGGGCCAGAUGAAGCUCACGGUCAACCUCGACUGCCUGCGCGUCGGCUGUGCACCCAGUAAAGGCCCGGAGACCCUCUUUGCGGGGCACAAGCUCAAUGACAAUGAGUGGCACACGGUGAGGGUGGUGCGCCGUGGCAAGAGCCUGCAGCUGUCCGUGGACAACGUGACGGUGGAGGGGCAGAUGGCAGGGGCCCACACGCGGCUGGAGUUCUACAACAUCGAGACGGGCAUCAUGACGGAGCGGCGCUUCAUCUCGGUGGUGCCCUCCAACUUCAUCGGGCACCUGAGCGGGCUGGUGUUCAACGGGCAGCCCUACAUGGACCAGUGCAAAGACGGGGACAUCACCUACUGCGAGCUCAACGCCCGCUUUGGCCUGCGUGCCAUUGUGGCCGACCCCGUCACCUUCAAGAGCCGGAGCAGCUACCUGGCGCUCGCCACGCUCCAAGCCUACGCCUCCAUGCACCUCUUCUUCCAGUUCAAGACCACGGCCCCCGACGGGCUGCUCCUGUUCAACUCGGGCAACGGCAACGACUUCAUCGUCAUCGAGCUGGUCAAGGGGUACAUCCACUACGUGUUCGACCUGGGGAACGGCCCGUCCUUGAUGAAGGGGAACUCGGACAAACCAGUCAACGACAACCAGUGGCACAACGUGGUGGUGUCCCGGGACCCCGGCAACGUGCACACGCUCAAGAUCGACUCCCGCACCGUCACACAGCACUCCAACGGCGCCCGGAACCUCGAUCUCAAAGGGGAGCUGUACAUUGGUGGUCUGAGCAAGAACAUGUUCAGCAACCUGCCCAAGCUGGUGGCCUCCCGGGAUGGCUUUCAGGGCUGCCUGGCCUCGGUGGACCUCAACGGCCGCCUCCCGGACCUCAUCGCAGACGCCCUGCACCGCAUCGGGCAGGUGGAGAGGGGCUGUGACGGCCCCAGCACCACCUGCACCGAAGAGUCUUGUGCCAACCAGGGCGUCUGCUUGCAGCAGUGGGAUGGCUUCACCUGUGACUGCACCAUGACUUCCUACGGGGGCCCUGUGUGCAACGACCCCGGGACCACGUACAUCUUUGGGAAGGGGGGCGCGCUCAUCACUUACACGUGGCCCCCCAAUGACCGGCCGAGCACGAGGAUGGACCGCCUGGCCGUGGGCUUCAGCACGCACCAGCGGAGCGCCGUGCUGGUGCGCGUGGACAGCGCCUCGGGCCUCGGCGACUACCUGCAGCUGCACAUCGACCAGGGCACCGUGGGGGUGAUCUUUAAUGUGGGCACCGACGACAUUACCAUCGACGAGCCCAACGCCAUCGUGAGCGACGGCAAAUACCACGUGGUGCGGUUCACUAGAAGCGGUGGCAAUGCCACCUUGCAGGUGGACAGCUGGCCAAUCAACGAGCGGUACCCGGCAGGAAACUUUGAUAACGAGCGCCUGGCGAUUGCUAGACAGAGAAUCCCCUACCGGCUUGGUCGAGUAGUAGAUGAGUGGCUGCUCGACAAAGUGCUGCUCAGUGCGGAGACCACGGCCACCACCCUGCUGGCCGACAUGGCCACCACCAUCAUGGAGACCACCACCACCAUGGCCACCACCACCACCCGCCGGGGCCGCUCCCCCACGCUGAGGGACAGCACCACCCAGAACACAGAUGACCUCCUGGUGGCCUCGGCUGAGUGUCCGAGCGAUGACGAGGACCUGGAGGAGUGUGAGCCCAGUACUGCUCCACGUUCUUGCCGGACUUUGUCUCCCGCUUGUCUAUGUUACAAAAAGCAGGAGGCAAAGGCCGGCAGUCGCCCUGGCUUCUUUCCUGGCGCUGACCCCGGUGCCUCAGCCUCGGCACGGCCGCCCUCUGGUCAUCACGGGAUGCUGGUGCCACAGCCUUGCAGCUGCGUCACGUGGCUCCUCCGUCCAGCCGCCGCUCCAUGUCCCUGGGUGGUUGCAUGAGGGCCCCAGGCUCCGAUGGCACCAUUUCCGGGGCAGUGCCUGUUCGAGCAGCAUCCGUUUCGGUUAACAGGUGCCCUAGGAUCUUGGGGGUGUCUCACCCUGAAAAGGGAAGCUUCUACGCAGGAGAAGCCCCGGGCGCCUGACCAGCAGGCUCUGCCUCAAGGGCGCUUUGAGAAUCCAGCCUCCUUCCAUGUGGGGCCUCCCCCGUUUUCAGCAGGUGGUCGCAAGGUCCCGGGAAGGAGGGGAAAGGCGUGGAGGGUCACGCGCAGGAGGCUUUCACGGGCCGGUACUGCCACUGCUCAGUCACACGGCCACACCUAAGUGCAAGGGAAUCUGGGAAGUUACUCUCGCUACCCAGCAGACGAGGAAAAUGAGUUGGGGAAAGAGGUGACCCCGGAAGGACAGGGCAUGUGCGCAGACCCGCGGGCCACGCUCCCAUGUCUGCAGUGGCACGUCCACGCUUCCACACCUGCGCACACGAGCUCAGGCCAGAGCCAGGGGUUCGCUUAUGCACACACACGUCUGUUCAGAGUCAGAUUCGCUGACACGCGCACUCACAUGCUCAGACCCAUCGAGGUUCAUGUAUGCACGCGCUUAGCGACACGCCCAGUGCCCAGAAGCAGGCCCUCGGAGGGUGUGUUCCUGCACAUGUGCACACAAGUGCCUUCGUCUCUGACCUUGAAUCCACCUUGGUGCUCACCCUUGCUGGGCUGGUGUUUCCGGGUGGGGAGGGGCCCCGUCCUUCAGGUCACGGCGCACGGUUACGCGGGUCGUUCUCUGCUGGAAAAGGUGAGUGAGGGCUGAAGUCUAGCCAGCGCCCUGCUUGCCCAGCCGUGGGUCCUGGGCCCGGAGGGCGGGGCUGUGUUCACCAAGAGGACAGGAUACCUUUGUCCAAUUGCGCCGGAGAUGCUGUUCGCACCUGCAGGCUGUGGCCGGCCAAUGGCUGCCUUUUUUCUCAUUUGCAUGAAAUGCCCUGUGGGCUCCUGGCCUUGCCCUCAGCCUGGGCAGGGCACCUGGUGUUGAGGCCUUAGCCAGCUGAUUGCUUGGUUUCUGACAUCCUGCCUCCGUUCUAGACACCCCUUUGGGGGAGGUACAUCCUGUUUGGUGGGAGUGGGAUUCGUGGGUAGAUUCCCAGUCAGGGCUCUUCUGUUCCCUAAAGGCAGCGGGGCUCAGCGUGUGGGGCUGGGACGGGGGGGCGGGGGGGGGCCUAGGGGAGGAGGUGCCUGGUGAUGGCUGGUGGUCUCCUUGCCAGAAGGGAAUCCUCUAGCAAGUGGGACUGAAAUCCAGUUUCAGAGCAGAGGGGGUGGCAUCCGUGGUAAGUGCACCUGCAUUUCCCAAAUGCCGCAGCUGCCUGGAGGAGGGGAGGGGCAGGGAGGGAAGGGAGGCUGCUGGUGUCCUUACCAGACCCAGGGGCACCCCACCCAAUGUGCACCCUUGGUGUGGAGCUGCACCCAGGGUCCCAGGCACCAGCAUCUUUGUGAGUCUGCACCCCCACGUGCCCAGCGGGAGGGGCGGCCUGGGGAGCCCCCGUUAGACUUCCCCAGUGAGGAGUCUCUGGGGACCCACCCCUCCUGCUAAGUCCUCGCUGAGCAGGCUUGCCUGACGCUCCGGGACCAGUGUACGGCCCAGGAAAGCCCAGUACCCAUGUUGUGUGAGAGUUGACGGCCCCAGAGCCCAGGCCAGCUUCAGAGCGUCAGGGAAGGGAGGCAGCGUGGGGUCUGAUAGCCGUUCUCUUGCUGAGGGUGAGGUGCAGGGAGGAAGCGGUGUGGGGUUGGAAUCAGAUGUAGGGCCAUGAGAUGGAGGUAACAAGGGUCAGUUGUGGCUGGGGGGGUGUGAGGUGGGGAAGCAGUGAAGGCAGGACACCCUCCCGAGAUGCUCUCAGAGCCUUGGGCAGAUGAAGGCCCUGGAGAAGCCCCCAGGAGAGCAGGGGAGGGGCUGGUACCCAGGUAUGGAGGCCGGGCAGCAGAUGGAGUUGAAGGGAAGGGGAAAGAGGUCCGUGUGACUCGGCCUGGGGGGCUCUAGAGGCGGGCAAGGCUGUGCAGGGGAACCUGGGAGCCAGUGUGUCCUGAGGACCUAAAACCCAACACGUUGGAGGAGAUGGUUGUGGGGGCCCCAGGCUGCGCAGGAUUUGUCUGUGGCCCGAGGCCUGAUGCCCCCGCAUACCCUCGUCUAGAUGGGGGUGAGAGGGAGGGUAGGGAUCCGAGGCCUGUGCCCUGGUCAGCCUCUAGGGCAGUGGUUCUCAACCUUCCUAACGCUGCGACCCUUUAAUACAGUUCCUCAUGUUGU